GAAAGCCUUUUCUGACCUGGUUGUCCUCAGACACUCAGGCUCAGAGCUGGUGACUGCUGCAGGAUAAUGGCUUACAACUCCACUGGGGACCUCCAUGCUCCAGGACCGCAGCUGAGUGUGACUGACAUUGUUGUCAUCGCUAUCUAUUUUGCCCUGAACGUGGCGGUGGGCAUAUGGUCUUCUUGUCGAGCCAGCAGGAAUACAGUGAGUGGCUACUUCCUGGCAGGCCGGGACAUGACGUGGUGGCCGAUUGGAGCCUCCCUCUUUGCAAGCAGUGAGGGCUCUGGCCUCUUUGUUGGAUUGGCUGGCUCAGGUGCAGCUGGAGGCCUGGCUGUGGCAGGCUUUGAAUGGAAUGCCACAUAUGUUCUCCUGGCACUGGCAUGGGUGUUUGUGCCCAUUUACAUCUCCUCAGAGAUUGUCACCUUGCCUGAAUACAUUCAGAAGCGCUUUGGAGGCCAGCGCAUCCGCAUAUAUCUAUCCGUCCUCUCCCUGCUGCUGUCUGUCUUUACCAAGAUAUCGAUUGACCUGUACGCCGGGGCACUCUUUGUGCACAUCUGCCUGGGAUGGAACUUUUACCUCUCCACCAUCCUCACACUCUUCAUCACAGCUUUGUACACAAUCGCAGGGGGCCUGGCCACUGUGAUCUACACAGAUGCCCUGCAGACAGUCAUCAUGGUGGUGGGAGCUGUCAUCCUGGCCAUCAAAGCUUUUGACCAGAUUGGUGGUUACGGACAGCUAGAAGCAGUGUAUGCCCGGGCCGUACCCUCCAGGACCGUUGCCAACACCACCUGCCACCUGCCACGUGCAGACGCCAUGCACAUGUUUCGGAAUCCCCAAACAGGGGACCUCCCAUGGACCGGAAUGACCUUCGGCCUAACCAUCAUGGCCACCUGGUACUGGUGCACGGACCAGGUCAUCGUGCAGCGGUCACUGUCUGCCCGGAACCUGAACCAUGCCAAGGCAGGAUCCAUCCUUGCCAGCUACCUCAAGAUGCUGCCCAUGGGUCUGAUGAUCAUGCCAGGCAUGAUCAGCCGUGCACUAUUUCCAGAUGAUGUGGGCUGCGUGGUGCCGUCCGAGUGCCUGCGGGCCUGUGGAGCCAAGAUCGGCUGCUCCAACAUAGCCUACCCCAAGCUGGUCAUGGAGCUGAUGCCCAAUGAUGCAGCAGUCCUACUGGCCUGUUACGGUGGUCUUCGAGGGCUGAUGAUCGCAGUGAUGAUGGCCGCCCUCAUGUCAUCACUGACCUCCAUCUUUAACAGCAGCAGUACACUCUUCACUAUGGACAUCUGGAGGAGGCUUCGGACCCGUGCUGGCGAGAGGGAGCUGCUGCUAGUGGGAAGGUUGGUCAUUGUGGUCCUCAUUGGUGUGAGCGUGGCAUGGAUCCCCAUCCUGCAGGGCUCCAACGGUGGACAACUUUUCAUCUACAUGCAGUCUGUGACCAGCUCCUUGGCCCCCCCAGUGACCGCAGUCUUCAUCCUGGGCAUCUUCUGGCGGCGUGCCAAUGAACAGGUGGACAAGCAGGAGCUCUCCACCUCCUCCUGCAGACAUGCCCUUGCCCUGGUCUCUUCAGACCUUCCCCUAAUGCCUCCUGAGGGGAAUGGGGGGCCAGUCUUUCUCCUACAGCCCACAGCUAGCCUCCUUCCUCCCCAGGGGGCCUUCUGGGGCCUGAUGGCAGGGCUGGUGGUAGGUGCCACCAGGCUAGUCCUGGAAUUCCUGCACCCAGCUCCUCCCUGCGGUGAUCCGGACAUCCGGCCAGCCAUCCUCCGAGGCAUCCACUACCUGCACUUUGCUAUUGCCCUCUUUGUGCUCACAGUUGCUGUUGUGACAGCUGGAAGCCUGCUAACUGCACCCCCCCAGCACGUUGAGAUUUCGAAUCUUACCUGGUGGACACUGGCUCGGGACCUGUCCCUGGGAGCCAAAGCAGGUGACAGCCAGACACCCCAGAAACGCCUUUUCUGGGCUCGUGUGUGUGGCUUCAAUGCUGUCCUCCUCAUGUGUGUCAACAUCUUCUUCUACGCCUACUUUGCCUGAUGCUGCCACUCUGGGCAGGAAGGAAGGAGCUCGGAGUCCUUAGGCCACGCCUUUUUCUUAGAGUGGACACUGGGGCCCAGAGAAGGCCUGACUCCCCUCACAGCCACAGAGCUGGUUGGUGCCCAUUGACUGGCUGAGCCAGCAAAGAAACCCUAGAAAAUUAGGAGGGAAAAAGAACAUGCUACUUCAAAAUUGCCAUCAAAAUAAUCAUAAUUCAGAAGAAAAUGAGAUUUCUGAUGGACAUCCUCA